GGGGCUCCUCGCAUAGCCGCAGAUUGCCUCGGAUGGUGACCUGCGUGUGACAGUCCCAUCAGCUCUUCUCAGCUCUCCUGAGGCAGCAGCUGGCAGCUCCCCUGACCCUCAGGACUUGCCUGGAACACCUGGUUGGUGUAGUUGGUGUGGCAGCCCCUCUCUGCAGCAUGCCUCGUGGCCAGCGCCGGCGGCAGGGGCCUCGCAAUCCCAUCCGGGCAGCAGCCAAUUACGCCAAUGCGCACCCUUGGCAGCAGAUGGACUGGGCCUCUUCUGGGGCUGCAUAUGCCCCUCUAGUGGAUCCCUGGAUUGAGCGACCCUGCUGUGGGGACCCUGUGUGUGUGCGCAUGACCAUGGAGCAGAAGAGCACGGCAAGUGGUGCUCCCAGUGGUGAGCCCACAGAAAGGGGUCCCCGCACUGUGCGCGUGCCUGGUCCACGGCCCCUCAGGGUGGACUUCCACUGGGUGCCAGGCUCGGACCCAGGCACCUUUGAUGGCUCCCCAUGGCUGCUGGACCGCUUUUUGGCCCAGCUGGGCGAUUACAUGUCUUUCCGCUUCGAGCACUACCAGGACAACCUCAGCUGCAUCUGUGAGAUCCUCGGGCGACUGACAGGCCGCGCUCGGGCGUGGGCAGCCCCCUACCUCGAUGGGGAGCUACCCCUGCCCGACGAUUAUGAGCUCUUUUGCCAAGAUCUUGAGGAGGUUAUUCAAGACCCGAACAAUUUUGCUGAGUACCAUGCUGCAGUGCCCUGCCCCCUGCCCCCAGCCUCGAGCCAGCCACCAGUGGCCCCACAGCUGCCUGUGGUGAGGCAGUACUUAGCUAGGUUCUCAGAGGCCUUGGCACUCAACAUGGGUGCUCCCCUCAGGCCUAUCCCAGCAGAAACCCCUGCUGUUUCUAUUUCCAACUCUACAUCCAGAAUUGCUCUGCCUGAGCACCAGCUAGUCAAGGAGAGCAGCCCUGAAUCCAUGGAGCCCCCUGCCUUGUCCAGUUCUGCAUGCAACACCGCUCCUGGUCCAAUGGGGCCAGCGUCCUCCCAGCCGGAGGAGGUGGCCCCCAAACCUGUCCCUGAACUUUCAGAAUCUGCCAGUUCCCCUGCCCAGAAACCAGAUCCAGCUCACCCAGAGGGUCUAGAACCCCAAAAGACAGAGGAGGAGGUUUCUGAAACAGAGGGAGACCAGGAGGCAUCCUUAAGUAGCACACACAGUGCAGUGGACCUGCCACAUACACCAUGAGAGCCACCAUUUUCUCUGUUCUUCACCCUGCAACCUGGAUUCUGAACAGGGCACAGGCAGGUGCAGCAGUGCUCCUUGUGAUGAAGUGGUCUGCACAGCCAAGGAGCCCCAUGGCCCCCCCUCAGGACAGGGUGGUGUUGCCAUUUGACUCUUGACAUAGCGCUGCCAGGUGUUCUGUCAACCUGCCCUGUUGCUGGGCAGCAGGUGUACUUGCUUGGGCUCUACCCUGUCUGAGUACAAACCCCAUUCAUCCGCCCCUCCCCCCACCACAGUGGACAAUAGGCCUCUGCCCUGUGCCCUUCAUCCUCCCACUCCCGCUGGGCUCUGCAGCAGCCCCACUGCUGCACAGGGAGUACCAUCUCACCUGGGCUUGUGCCUAUUACUUGGAAGAGUUCUGUAGACCAGUCCCCAUCAGAUGUUUGCAUCGUUGUCAUAAACCCCACACACUCAUGCACACACAAAACCCCCUUUCAAUGCUGGCUGCUACUGGACUGGGUCUGCCAUGCCGGCCCUGUUUGGAUCUGGCCCCAGGAUGGUCUUUGCUUUGGUCCCCACCCCCAUCUCUGCUCCCUAUGACCUCUGUCUUCUGGUCUGGAAUUUAAGGAAGCUGCAUGGUAGAACUGGCCACUUUCAUUGUUGAGUAUGAGUGGAAUGGUGUCUUGGCAGAGAGAGAUGCUUCUCUGUGGGUUUAUUAGCAGCCCUGUCCAGCUGGGAAGGCUCCGGUGCAGGAAGGUGGGAUGCAAGCCCACUUGCACUCUUAAUUGCAUUUCCCCCUUCUGUAUGUUAACAUUCUAGUCACACCUGAUUUCCUUCAGAAAGUGGCAUGGAUUUUUACAUCUCAUGCCUUUGCCCGUGCUGCCCUCCCACUUUCUACUCUUCAGCCUCCUGCCCACUCUUACACAUUGCUUAUUCAGCACUGAAACCCCAACAUUGUACAUGAUCUGGGUAGACUGUCAGCCUCUAGGGCAGGGGCUCUGUCUUAGCUUUGUGUCCCUGGUCCACAAUCGGUGCUCAUUAAAGGUGUUGGAUCCAUGGCUGAGCUUGUGGUGUGGCUGCUGACAAGCAGAGUGCUUGACAAGCACUUUCUAUCCCGUCAGAAGCAGGCUAUGUAUGUCCCAGCUGCAAGCACCCCAGGUCAGAGUUGCAGGUGUGGUUUCCAGUGGGGGCUUUGAGGAUCCAAGGGCCUGGUUGAAGGAGUUGGGUUGAAUGGGUAGGAGUGGGAGGCUUGGCAGGUGGAGUGUGUCCUUGAAAACUGACUUCCGAGAGCUGAGAGCGAGAGGUGAAGUGAGGAGCAGGCAGCAGACCUGGUCUGUGAGGCCUCGGGGGCCAGAGGAUUGGAAUGAAGAAAGACCUGUUCUGCAUGCACAAGGAUAGGUUUUCUAAUGACAGCUGAGCUGAAGCUCCCUCAAGCCAAAGUUAACACAGGAUUGGUACAGUGCACCUACUCGGGUGGUUAGGCAAGAAUUUCAAGCCCCUUUCAGUUUUAAAAUUGUGGAAACAAAAGAGCACCUUCCUGGAAAGUAGGAAGAAAAAAUAAGUGGAAAAGUGAACUGCAACUAAAACUAGUUAGUUUAGGAAAAUGAAAAGGCAAACAUCUGGUAAAAAUUUUUAAGUAAAAUAGACACUGUUGGGAUUAUUUUAUUUAGUAACUCACUAAAAAGGCUCUGGGUUCAGAUGGUUUUAUGCGUGAGUUAUUUUUAGGCCCGGAUACCUUUGUAAGCGUAACAGUUGUAAAUCUUGGAAAUAGGUGGGAAGCUGAUAUAACCUUAAAAGCAAAACAAGCUGACAGAAGAAAUCAGUGUGCAGCUUUGAUUCUGAUCAGAUGUGGAAAAUCUCGACGUGCUAGCCCAGCCCGGUGCUUCUGUGGGGUCACACUAGUGCUGCCCAGGUCCAGGGCCUCCUUUUGCAGGCACAAGUCUCCCCACCACUUCCCUGAGUCCGCUGUGGCCUGGCCUGCCUGUGGGUCUAGUCUCAUUGGCAAUACCAGAAGGGCCCUCAUUUGAUCUGGCAAGACAGCUCUGGUAGUAGAAUCUAGAGCCACUUUCGGGGGCAGACAGCCCAGUUAAUACCCCCACUAUGUUGCUGGCCUCUGCACAGGCUGCCUUUCCUGUCUCCAUUUAGUGGACAUGGUGUGAAUUCCUUCAGCUCAAGAUCGCCAUUUUCCCUUCCAAACCCCUGUCCUGUGUGUGGGGAGGGGAGGG